CACUCAGAGAGCAUGGAGAUGUUGCCGCCGGCUACGAGCGUCGUCGUGGGCGCGACCAUAGAAAAAAGAUUCCCCGGCUACGGCGUUCACCGCGGCACCGUCGCCGAGAUCGACGGCGGCAAGGUCCUCGUUCACUGGGCCGCGACGGACGAGCGCAAGAAUCGACGGUGGCACGCGGGCUACAGGGACGCGGACGGCAAGACGCGCUUCAUUGGCCUCUUCGACACCCAGGAGGCGGCCGCGCGCGCCUACAACGCGGCAAUCCGUCGCGCAGGCCUCGAAGGGAAGCGGCGCACGAACCCGGUCGUCGACGGGCAGCUGGUGCCCCGCGCGUACAAGGCGCGUGGUCACGGGGUCGACGCGUUGCGCGGGCGCAAGCGCCGCCGCGAAGAGCCCGCGGCCACGCCGUCGGCGCGCGCCCGCCGCCCGCGCCGGGACUAG